CCAGGAUGAAGUGGACUGCGGGCUGCUGGCUGGAGUGCUGCGGCCGGUGACGGGUCGGAGCCAGGACCAGUUAGCAUAAUGGCAGAAACCACUUCUCCCCUGAAACGCUUUGUGCUGGCUAAGAAGGCAAUCACUGCAAUUUUUGACCAGUUACUGGAAUUUGUCACUCAAGGUUCACAUUUUAUUGAAGCAACAUACAGGAAUUCAGAACUUGAUCGAAUAGCUACUGAGGAUGAUCUAGUAGAAAUACGGGGGUAUAAAAACAAGCUUUCCAUCAUUGGUGAGGUGCUGUCUCGGAGACACAUGAAAGUGGCCUUUUUUGGCAGGACAAGCAGUGGGAAGAGCUCUGUUAUCAAUGCAAUGUUGUGGGAUAAAGUCCUCCCCAGUGGGAUUGGCCAUACAACCAAUUGCUUACUGAGUGUUGAAGGAACCGAUGGAGAUAGAGCCUAUCUUAUGACAGAAGGAUCAGAUGAAAAAAAGAGUGUGAAGACAGUUAAUCAGCUGGCCCAUGCCCUGCAUAUGGACAAAGACUUAAAAGCUGGCUCUCUCGUGCAUGUGUUUUGGCCAAAGGCAAAAUGUGCCCUCUUGAGAGAUGACCUGGUUUUAGUAGACAGUCCAGGUACAGAUGUCACUACAGAGCUGGAUAGCUGGAUUGAUAAGUUUUGCUUGGAUGCUGAUGUCUUCGUUUUGGUUGCCAACUCUGAAUCAACAUUAAUGAACACGGAAAAACAGUUUUUUCACAAGGUAAAUGAGCGACUUUCCAAGCCUAACAUUUUCAUUCUGAAUAAUCGUUGGGACGCCUCUGCAUCAGAGCCAGAAUAUAUGGAAGAUGUACGCAGACAGCACACAGAAAGAUGCCUACAUUUUUUGGUGGAAGAACUCAAAGUUGUGGAUCCUUCAGAAGCAAGGAAUCGUAUUUUCUUUGUUUCUGCAAAGGAAGUUCUUAGUGCUAGAAUGCACAAAGCACAGGGGAUGCCAGAAGGUGGUGGGGCACUUGCUGAAGGAUUUCAGGCAAGAUUACAGGAGUUUCAGAAUUUUGAACGAAUCUUUGAGGAGUGUAUCUCGCAGUCAGCAGUGAAAACAAAGUUUGAACAGCACACUAUCAGAGCUAAACAGAUAUUAGAUACUGUGCAAGACAUAAUGGAUUCAAUAAACGUGGCAGCAGCAGAGAAAAGGGUUUAUUCGAUGGAAGAGAGGGAAGACCACAUUGAUAGACUGGACUUUAUCCGAAAUCAGAUGAACCUGUUGACACUGGAUGUUAAGAAGAAAAUCAGGGAGGUCACAGAGGAGGUGGCAAACAAGGUUUCAUGUGCAAUGACAGAUGAAAUUUGUCGACUUUCUGUUUUGGUUGAUGAAUUUUGUUCUGAGUUUCAUCCUACUCCAAGUGUAUUGAAAGUAUAUAAAAGUGAGUUAAAUAAGCACAUAGAAGAUGGGAUGGGAAGAAAUUUGGCUGAUCGGUGCACCAGUGAAGUCAACGCUUCAAUGCUUCAAUCCCAGCAAGAAAUUAUUGAAAAUUUGAAACCGUUACUUCCUUCUGAUGUACAGAAUAAACUACAUACACUGGUUCCUUGCAAGAAAUUUGAUCUCAGCUAUGACCUAAAUUGCCACAUGUUAUGUUCAGACUUUCAAGAGGAUAUUGUAUUUCGUUUUUCCUUGGGCUGGUCUUCCCUUGUCCAUCGUUUCUUGGGUCCUACGAAUGCACAGAGGGUGCUUCUAGGAUUAUCCGAGCCUGUCUUUCAGCUCCCCAGGUCUUUAGCUUCUACUCCCACCAAUCCAGCAACGCCAGAUAAUGCAUCACAGGAAGAAAUCAUGGUUACCUUAAUAACAACAUUAGCUUCUCUUACAUCCAGAACGUCUAUGGGCAUCAUUGUUGUCGGAGGAGUGAUUUGGAAAACGGUAGGCUGGAAACUCAUAUCUGUUUCAUUAAGUAUGUAUGGAGCUUUAUAUCUUUAUGAAAGGCUGGCCUGGACCACCCGAGCCAAGGAGAGAGCUUUUAAGCAGCAGUUUGUGAACUAUGCAACUGAGAAACUGCAGAUGAUUGUUAGCUUCACAAGUGCAAACUGCAGCCAUCAAGUACAACAGGAAAUGGCAACCACUUUUGCUCGCCUUUGCCAACAAGUUGAUAUUACACAAAAACACCUGGAAGAAGAAAUUGCUAGAUUUUCCAAAGAGAUAGAUCAAUUGGAGGAAAUACAAAACAAUUCAAAGCUUUUAAGAAAUAAAGCUGUUCGACUUAAAAAUGAGCUGGAGAAUUUUACUAAGCAGUUUCUACAUUCAAGCAAUGAAGAAGAAUCUUAACAAUAGAAAUCGCUUUGGUGAUCAUCAUAGGAGAAAAUGCAGCCUGGAUGAUUUGGGACAGUUAUUUUUAUGAUACGAUUUUAAAUAUGAAUUGUACUCACUAUACCUAAAUAGCAAAUUCUUGUGUAGAUUCUGGUAAUGAUCUAUCUCAGGGUGCUUGCAUUUCUGAAGAGUGUUAUUGUAUCUCUUAAUUUAAUUCUGGGUAAAGAACAGGCUAAGUUGUUUGAUGUGUUGAAGUGAUGAAUUAGUUAAGAACAGCAGAACCAAUUAUGUGACCCCUGAGGGGUGGGGCCUUACUCUUAAUUAGGGCUCUCUUUGUUUUUGCUUCUGAAACACUCUGCUUCCUGGCAUCCAGGAGUUAGAGAAUGCUCUUUCUCAAAACUAAUUUUUGAUGUCACUUUAAUGGGAAUAGUCACUGUUUUGUUUUAUACCUGCAUUGUUUUAACCACCAAAAAGGAGUGUGUAAUGUUCUUGAGUGUAUUAUCUUGCGAGUUACAGUCGUUUCUGCCUUUCUGGCAGGUAUGUAAACCACUAAUAAAUAAGCUGCUGUUUACUCCUUAUAUUCCCAUUAAAGCUAAUGUAAAGCAGUAUAAAGGUUUGUUAUUCUAAAAGUAUCUGGGUCGAAAUAGCCUCCUGAUGUUUCUAGAGAAACAUUUUCAGCUUCAGCUAUGAGUACAGUAAGGGAAGCUAAGUUUUAGAAGUUUGAAGUGAUAAAAAUAGCCAGAGAUGGGAGGUUUGAAUUUUGAGUGGUUAUAGUCAUGUACAAAUUCUGUUCUUCAGAAGGUAUUUGUUGAGGAUACUGAUGAAUUGUCCCCCUGGGGUGGUUUUCCUUUUAUUUAAUUGUAUGAAUUUGCCAGGGCAUGGUUAAAAAUUAUCACUGUAUUUUUUUAGUUUAAUGAAAUGUUUAUGGUUUCAAGUA